AAAGCUGUCGCCUUUAAGUAGCAAAAAUAGAUCCGUGGAGGAAGAAAGCGAGAAGAGGAGCGACAGAAAAGUAGAAGAUUUCGUAGGGGAAGAAAAAGCGAUAAUAUCUGCUUCGUGAUAUCUGUGUUUUUAGUCGCUUGUGGGGAAGGGUGAAGACGAGAGCGCUCUCCUCCCUCCUUCACCAUGUGCUCCAACAUCCGCCAGUAUAAAUAGGUCGCUCGCUGUUUAUUUCUUUCUCCAAGCUCUCUGUUUUCUUCUUUCUCAGCGGCUAAGUAGCCAAACAGAGGAUCUUCAUCUUCUUGCCUUUUUCAGCUUGUGACUAUGUCAGCUUGGAAGGACAGGGAAAAUGAUCCUCGUAUUGAUGGGAUUGCUUCCUCAAUGCGCGUCAUUUCUGACUUCCCCAAGCCAGGGUUUAAGUUCAAGGACAUUACCACGCUGCUUCUCAAUCCUGAGGCUUUCAAGAACACUGUGGAUUUGUUCGUGGAGCGUUACACAGGCAAGGAAAUUUCCGUCGUUGCAGGAGUUGAGGCAAGAGGCUUUAUAUUUGGCCCCCCCAUUGCUUUGGCAAUUGGCGCAAAGUUUGUUCCUUUAAGAAAACCAAAGAAGCUGCCCGGUGCAGUAAUAUCAGAGAAGUAUGUUCUGGAGUAUGGAAGUGAUUGCCUUGAAAUGCAUAUUGGGGCUGUUGAAGCUGGCGAACGUGCACUAGUAGUUGAUGAUUUGAUUGCAACCGGUGGAACGCUUUGUGCAGCCAUAAAAUUACUUGAACAUGCUGGUGCGCAAGUUGUGGAAUGUGCCUGUGUUAUUGAAGUACCCCAUCUUAAGGGCCGGGAAAAGCUGAAUGGGAAGCCAUUGUACGUGCUUGUGGAAACUGAAUGAUGCUGCUGCUGAUAGAUUAAUAGUGGAAGCUUGAAGGGAUGAUUAAUAUAUUCUUAGUAUAGAUUUAAUUAGAUGAAAUCUGGUCAGUUAUUUUUUUAUUAUUCUGACAUUUUAAUUAUCUCACCAUGCAAUUUAGCUUUUACAUUUUCUAUUUUUUGUUAUUUGCAUUGUGGUUUCUUAUGAUGAGGUCUGCUUGCAAUAUUAUGUACGAUGGACGGGAAUGAGUUGAUAUUUCUCAACUUGAAUA